UGGAGAGCACGAGAGAGGGAGGGGAGCGGAGAGGAGGCGGGUGGUGGAGGAGAAGCCUGGAGGAGAAAGAAAGGAAGAAGAGAACAUUAGCCCCUCGCCUCCGACCGCAGUUGGGACAUUUCCGCGUCUUCUAACCCAGGACGCUGUUUGGAGGACGCAGCGCGCACGAGACCGGGACGCACGGUAUAUUGCUACGAAUGCCGGAUGAGGACAGCCUGAUCAAUAAGCGUUUGCGAGGAGCUUGAUUGACAGGCAGCUAUGGUGGAUGGAUAGCAGGAGGAAGAGGACGAGAAGAUGACGUUCUUUGGCGUGGAGUGCGUGAGGAAGAAAGAGAGAGAGCUGGAGAGGAAACUCCGCGCCAACGACCGCGAGUACAACCUCUCCUUUAAAUACGCGACGAACGCCAUCAAGACCUCCAAGUACAACCCCUUCACCUUCCUGCCUCUCAACCUGUUCGAGCAGUUCCAGAGGAUCGCCAACGCUUACUUCCUGUUUCUGCUGGUGCUCCAGGUGAUCCCUCAGAUCUCCUCCCUGUCCUGGUUCACCACCGUCGUGCCGCUGGUUCUCGUGCUGACGGUCACGGCUGCCAAGGACGCCACCGACGACAUCAAUCGCCACAGGAGCGACAAUCAAGUCAACAACAGAAAAGUUCAAGUCCUCAUCGACAGAAAACUGCGCGGCGAGAAAUGGAUGAACGUCCAGGUGGGAGACAUCAUCAAGCUGGAAAACAACCAGUUUGUCACUGCCGACCUCAUGUUGCUCUCCAGCAGUGAACCGCUCAACCUGGUGUACAUCGAGACGGCAGAACUGGACGGAGAGACGAACCUGAAGGUGAGACAGGCCCUGACCGUGACGGGAGACCUGGGAGAGGAUGUGGAAAAACUGGCAGACUUCAACGGCGAGGUACGCUGCGAACCCCCCAACAACCGCCUGGACCGCUUCAUGGGAACGCUGACCUACGCCGGACAGAAAUACCCGCUGGACAACGAGAAGGUCCUGCUGCGCGGCUGCACCCUGAGGAACACCCAGUGGUGCUUUGGACUGGUGCUGUUCGGAGGUCCAGAGACGAAGCUGAUGCAGAACUGUGGGAAGACCACGUUCAAGAGGACCAGCAUAGACCGCCUGAUGAACGUCCUCGUGCUUUGUAUCUUCGGCUUCCUGGCCUUCAUGUGCACCGUCCUGGCGAUCGGGAACUGCUUCUGGGAGCUGAACGAGGGCUCGAACUUCACGGCGUUCCUGCCCCGGCAAGACGGGAACGAGGCGACCUUCUCCGCCUUCCUCGCCUUCUGGUCCUACGUCAUCAUCCUCAACACCGUGGUGCCCAUCUCGCUCUACGUCAGCGUGGAGAUCAUCCGCCUGGGCAACAGCUUCUACAUCGACUGGGACGGGAAGAUGUACCACGCGGCCAACGACACGCCGGCCGAGGCUCGCACCACCACGCUGAACGAGGAGCUCGGCCAGAUCCAGUACGUCUUCAGCGACAAGACGGGGACGCUCACCCAGAACAUCAUGACCUUCAACAAGUGCUCCGUCAACGGCAAAUCCUACGGGGACGUGUUCGACUCCACGGGUCAAAGACUAGAAGCUCCUGAGCACACAGACAAGGUGGACUUCUCCUUCAACUCGCUAGCCGACCCCCGCUUCGUGUUCCACGACCACUCGCUGGUGGAGGCCGUGAAGCUGGAGAACCCGGAGGUCCACGCCUUCUUCAGACUGCUGGCCCUCUGCCACACCGUCAUGGCCGAGGAGAAGAGAGAGGGGGAGCUCUUCUACCUGGCCCAGUCUCCGGACGAGGGCGCGCUGGUAACGGCGGCCAGAAACUUUGGCUUUGUCUUCCGCUCGCGUACGCCGGACAGCGUCUCCAUCGUGGAGAUGGGACGCCAGCGCAGCUACGAACUCCUGGCCAUCCUGGACUUCAACAACGUCCGCAAAAGGAUGUCCGUCAUAGUUAGGAGUCCGGAGGGGAAGCUCUCUCUCUACUGUAAAGGUGCAGACACGAUCAUCUACGAGAGGCUGCAUCGGUCCUGCAGCAAGCUGAUGGACGUCACCACGGAGCACCUCAACGAGUUUGCAGGGGAGGGCCUGCGGACUCUGGCGCUGGCCUACAAGGAUCUGGACGAGGAGUAUUUCAACGGGUGGAAACGGCGCCACCAUGAGGUCAGCACCUCGCUGGACGGCCGGGAGGGCAAGCUGGACGAGCUGUACGAGGAGAUAGAGAAGGACCUGCUGCUGCUCGGAGCGACGGCCGUAGAAGACAAGCUGCAAGACGGCGUUCCUCAGACCAUCGAGCUGCUCUCCAAAGCCCACAUCAAAAUAUGGGUUCUGACUGGCGACAAGCAAGAAACUGCAGAAAACAUCGGGUACUCGUGCAACCUGCUGCGGGAGGAGAUGAACGAGGUCUUCGUGGUCUCGGGGAACUCGCCGGAGGACGUCAGACAGGAACUGAGAAAUGCACUGACCUCCAUGAAACCAGAGGAGGGUUCUGUGUUUCCGCCAGAGAGCACUCUGGGUAACGGAGGUGUGAAGGCGAUGGCGGACGAGGCGGUGAACGGAGAGUACGGCCUGGUCAUCAACGGACACAGCCUGGCGUACGCCCUGGAGCGUGGCUCUGAGCUGGCCUUCCUGAGGUUGGCGUGCCUGUGCAAGGCGGUGAUCUGCUGCCGGGUGACUCCCCUGCAGAAGGCCCAGGUGGUGGAGCUGGUGAAGAAGCACAAGCAGGCGGUGACUCUGGCCAUCGGGGACGGAGCCAACGACGUCAGCAUGAUCAAAGCGGCUCACAUAGGAGUUGGCAUCUCGGGUCAGGAGGGCAUGCAGGCCGUGCUGUCCAGCGACUACUCCUUCGCCCAGUUCCGCUUCCUGCAGCGCCUCCUGCUGGUGCACGGCCGCUGGUCCUACCUGCGCAUGUGCAAGUUCCUGCGCUACUUCUUCUACAAGAACUUCACCUUCACCUUCGUCCACUUCUGGUACGCCUUCUUCUGCGGCUUCUCUGCGCAGACGGUGUAUGACGAGUGGUUCAUAACACUCUACAAUCUGGUGUACACGGCGCUGCCUGUCCUGGGAAUGAGUCUGUUUGAUCAGGAUGUGAACGACGCGUGGAGCUUCCAGCAUCCGCAGCUCUACGUUCCCGGUCAACUCAACUUGUACUUCAGCAAGAAGGCCUUCUUCAAGUGUGCCCUCCACAGCUGCUACAGCUCCCUGGUGCUCUUCUUCAUCCCCUACGCGGCCGUGCACGACACCGUGAGGGACGACGGGAAGGACGUCGCCGACUACCAGUCCUUCGCCCUCCUCACGCAGACGUGUCUGCUGUUUGCCGUCACCAUCCAGUUGGGGUUUGAGAUGUCUUACUGGACGGCGGUGAACACUUUCUUCGUGCUGGGCAGCCUCGCCAUGUACUUCGCGGUCACGUUCACCAUGUACAGCGACGGCAUGUUCCUCACGCUGCCGUCAGCCUUCCCCUUCAUCGGAACGGGCCGAAACUCUCUGAACCAGCCCAACAUUUGGCUGACGAUCCUCCUCACCUCCAUCCUGUGUGUCCUUCCUGUUGUGACCUACCGCUUCCUGUUUAUUCAGCUCUGCCCUACCAUCAAUGACAAGGUGAUGUUCAAGGUGCGUCAGGCCAAAGCCACGCCUCCCCCUCCGCCUCGGCGCACCCGCAUCCGCCGCACCAGCUCCCGCCGCUCCGGCUACGCCUUCUCGCACGCGCAGGGCUACGGGGACCUGGUGACGUCGGGCCGCUUCCUGCGGCGUCCCGCCUUGCCGCGCUCUUCGGGUUUCUCGCACGCUGGUCGCACCACCACCAGCUUCAGCCCCAUGGGCCGAUCGGCUGGCUACAGCCCAACAGGACGCCCCCAGAACGCCAAGGUCUCGGAUGUGGAGGUGACGUCGCUGCAGAUGUACAAGACCAUCCGAGAUCCGGCCCUCUGACGGACAGCUCGGUACUUUCAAGAUGGCCGAUGUUGGAGAAGCCGGACAGCGGCGUGCUGCUUCCAAAGGCGUUGAAAGCUCCCGUCUUGCACAUCUGUCGCCACGAGAGAACUAAAAGGCGGCUCGCGAUCCGUCUCUCGUUUGCUCGUCUGCCCCCAAGACGAGGUUAGAAAACUUCACGACUCGUGCUCCAAGCAUUUUAUUUUGUACCGUUUUUUUUUAUCAAAAGGGAACUACAGCAAAACGUGUCGCCGCUCCCGAUGGAUCUCUGAGAUGUCUGAGAGAGCUGGUUCGCUUUCAGGUGGCAACGACCGACAGAAGGGAAACCUUUGGGCUUCGCGAGGAGGACGAAGUGUAAUUUGAUGAUCUACAGGCUUGAAUACAGAAAAGUCUUCCUGGCUGAACUUCAUUGACCUGGAGGUCCGUGUGGUGAACCUGGUUGCACCAGUUAUUAUUUUACUGUAAUAUUUAUAUGUAAAAUGUCAAAAGUUUGAAAAAGCAGAAGGAACAUGAACUGCAUGGUUGUAAAACCAUUGCUGCAAUAAUUAAAUAUAAACCCAAGUGUUCAUUUUUUAAAUUUUUAAUCAGGUUUUGUUGUUUUGUCUUCAGUGUUUUUUACUGUCUGGCGUUAACGAUGUCAUCGUAGACACAGCGUCCACACAGAGUCCCAUUCAUCCGAGCGGUUCACUCAGAGAGGCCACUACGCGGCCCACGAGUGUGUUUCCUAAGUCAAUGAAAGCAUAAGAUAUUUAUCAAUGUAUUACUGUCAUUGUAUCUCUAUCCCUGAAGACUGAAACUGUUUCUCAAAUAUGACAAAAAUGUCUAUUCUUUCAGCUCAGCUCUCCCUGAUAACCAUUUUGUAUCGUUUUGUACUUCAACUUUUUACUGCAAUAAAAAAAAAGAUCUAAAAGACCAA